AGCGACCCUGCCACAAUCUCCUCCGGUGCCAGCGAAGCGACCUGCAUGAAGAGCUCCUGAUGGCCCGGUCCGAUCUUGACGGGCAUAACUCUCUGGCCUGUCGGCGUGUUGGUGGCGUCCCCUCGCUCGAGUAUCCAGAUGCCAACAGAGAUCCACGACAACGCACCCACCUGACCACACGAAAGCUCUCUGCGGUGCCGACCGCAGUCGUCAUGUGCUGCAUCUUGCCUAAGAAGUCCUUGUCUGUCGUGUGCUUACUCUAAUUUCGACUCCAUCUCAUCCCUCACCGUGCCAGACACUCCGAUAUAAUGCUCUACGGGGCAAACUGAAAGUCUGCCUAAUCAACACUACAUCAGCACUGAUGACGCCGAGCUGCGCGACAGCUGGUUAUCGAGGGGCGCUUGACCUUUCCAACGAGCUGCUCCACGAUAUUUUCGAUCUCAUAGCCGCCGACCCCGAGAGGCUUGUGAGUGUGGACAAGCGGGCAUAUCUCUCUCAGGAGAGCUUCAGACCAGAACCUCUACCUUCUCAAGACCAAGUCGUGAACAUUGGCAAAUUUAGAUUGCUCUGUCGAAGAUUCGCUGCUCUGGGAGCCUCUCAUCAAUACGCACGUGUCACGACGAGAUUCUCAUCCAAGGGGCUUGCAAGGUUAGAGGCCAUUGCAGACCAGCCACACCUAGCAAAACACGUCAAGAAGUUCAGCUACAAGGUGCCAUACUUUUGCACUCAAGGACGAGAAAGUAUACUAUCGCUAGACCCUCAAGUACAACAGACUAUCGGCAAAAGCAAUAUCGAAAGGUUUCGCUCCAAGAUCUAUGAGCAGCAAAAAAUUGUCAAGAGCAAGAGAGAUGUCGAAGUGUUAAAAAAGGCAAUGAAGGCAUUUGUCGCUCUGCAGCAUGUCCAGAUCCUACGAGUGCAAGACCAAGAAGACGAAAACCUGCUAACGUUCAUUCGCUAUCACCAAAACAUCCCUCACUUCGUCGAGCUCAAAUGGGCACCAGCUUGUGCACAUAGUGCGAGAACUAUCGGGAAUGCACUUCUGGAUGCCCAAUCAUCGUGUUCUCGAUUCUCCUCACCAAUGCUAAGUCCACAGAGCGCUCUGGUUCUGGCAGAGAAUCCUACAGGAUCCUUCUCCACGCUAGCAGAAAGGCUGACUUGUCUGGAACUGCACUUUGAUGAUGGCUACUUUGACGACGGCACAGAUCUCGAAGUACGCAUGUACCAACUGUCACCUCUCUUCCAAACAGUCUUUACAGCAGCGGUAAAUAUGGAAGCCAUCCACGUCGGCUUUCCUUCUCAUCGCCCCAUUGGUCUCCCUCUGGAGACAAUUUUCCAUAAUGUGCGUUGGACUAAAUUGAUAGCCUUUGGCAUCCAAGGCUGGCGGCUCCACGAAGAGGAAAUCAUCCAAUUCGCCCAACGACACAAAGAUAGACUGCGCGGUCUCAGAUUGCGCGAUGUUAUGCUCAGAGAAGGCAGUAUGUGGAAAAACAUACUCUCCUUCUUGCACACUGAAAUGCGAAGACUGGAUUGGGUCAGUCUGCGUCGUAUAGACUAUACAUCUCAUUUCGACGAACUCUGGCAAAACGCAGGCAUAGAGCUUCCCGACGACCCGCCCGGCGGCCUCAGCUCCAGCGACUCUGACUCCGAUUCCGACAACAACACAGAAGACCUCUACUGGUCCGACACCUCCCCCCACCUCCAACCCACAGAAUCCCCCGACUGGGACAGCGUCUCCCACCUAUCAAACAUCUCCGACUCCGACCAUGCAGACUCAGACGACGAAGACCGCGGCAGAGCCGCCCAUGAAAUGGAUUUCCCAACCCUAAAUUCCUCGCCGGAUACACCAAAUUCAGCGACUUGGUGUAAUUGCAACGGAAGAAGUUUUCCAGUGGGCGUGGAGGAAUUGGGUGAUGAUGGUGUUUCUGUGGAUCAUGACAAGUGGAAAAUGUGGGAGAAGUGGGUGUUGGGCAGGUGUCCGGAACAUGGUUGUUAA